GGAAACCAAGUUUAUUACCGUGUAGGAAAGAUGGCAGACGUGCAGCCGCCACCCCUCAGGAGCCUGGAUGAUUUUCUCCUCAGCUCGGCCCGGUUCGCCGUGCCCGACGUGCGCGACCUGGAGCGCUGGAACAACCGCAUCAUCAACAACCUCCUGUACUACCAGAGCAACUACCUGCUGUCCGCACUGCUCCUCCUGCUCAUAGUGGGGUAUUUUCAGCCCUUCCAGUUGUUUGUUGGGGCGACGGUGGUCACCUUGUUGUUCCUGGGUUUUGUCUGGGCUGCCGAGAACCAAGCUACCAUUCGCCGUUUCCGUAGAAACCACCCGUCAGUCGCUGUGUUGGCCAUUCUUUUGGCCAGUUACCUCUUCAUAUCAGUGCUGGGAGACGUUGCCGUGUUCCUGUUUGGGAUAGCCUUCCCUAUACUGAUGGUUCUGGUCCAUGCGUCGGUGAGGCUGCGCAGCCUGAAAAACAAGCUAGAGAACAAACUGGAGAGCAUUGGUCUGAAGAGGACACCCAUGGGACUCCUGUUGGAGGCUCUGGGACAGGAACAGGAGGCUGGAUCCUAGAGAGAAAGAGGAGGAGGAGGAGGUGUGCAGGGGUGGGGGAUAGUUUGGGUACCAUCUGAGGGGAAUGGCAAGAGAAAUGGAUGUGAAGUUGGUGGGAAAUGGGAAGAAGGAGAAGGAGGGAAUUACUGCGGGGCAAGAGGAAGAAUAAAAAGAUGAAGUAGAAAGUAAGGAAGAAAAAGGGUGGUUUGGUUUGUACAAACAACCAAUCAGAAGUCACCAGUGAAGGAGGACACCCAUUCUGUAGUCUAAUGGGAAUAGGACAGAUGAAAUGCACAGAAAUCAUAAUAACAAAGAAAUCAUCCCUCAUCUGCCAAACCUUGCACUUUAAGCACUCAUUGUUUCGUUUCAUUUAUUUUGACAUGAUACAGUUCUUUCCUUGCACUGAGUGUGCAGUGACGUAGCCAUAUGGUCAUAUUCAAAGCUUUGAUAUGAUUUGUAUAAAGUUCUUCUCCUUUGAGUCAUUGUGUAUCUGCACAUUGACUCAGUGAUUCAUACUCUACCUGCCCUCUCCUAUCUAAAUAUUGAUCUGUGCUCCAUCUCAGUGCCUAAAUAGCUAUAACGCCAAUACCGUCAUAAUUAUGUGAGACAGAGUUUUGAGAACAGUUGCAACUUUACGUGAAAAGCUUUGAUGUUUUGAGUAACGGUUGUAAUUUUUACAAGAAAAGGUUGUAAUAUGUGCUGUGCUCAAGCUGAUGCUUCAAAACACGUUCACUUAUGGACUCAUCACAUCACAUCCUGUGACUGAUUUAAUUUAAGUAUCCUUCCAGUAAGCACUUUGAGAAUAAAGUUCUUAUUGAUAAAAAAAUAUAAAUAACUUGAAGUCAUCCACAUUUCUCACUCGACAUGUUGAAGCUGACUGACCUGUUUACUACGACAGAGUAUUAAAUUCUAAUGUUAGAACUGAAACAUGACUUCAUUUUUCUGACAUUACUCUUCUAAACUUUUGCUCUUAUAGAAGUACAACUUCAUUCUUAUAUGAUAAUGUCAUAAUAUUUAAUAUUAUAAAAUAAAUGUUUCUUGUGAAGUUACUUAAGUUACUUUAUUUUUGAAGUAUUGUAAAAUUAUGUUAUAUAUAUAUAUUUUGUAAUGUUAUUACUUUUUUAUGUAAAAUACAACUUAAUUCUUGAACUAUAGAUAUUUUUAACUUUAUUACCAUAAUUUUUUUUCUUGUAAAAUUACCAUGGUGUUUGAGCAUAUUAUGACUUUUUCUUAUAAAAUAACAAAUUUGUCCCUUAAUGUUAUGACUUUUUCUCGCAAAAAUCCAACUGUAUUCUUGAAAUAUGACUACUUUUUCUCAGAAAAUUGCAACUCUACUCUCAAAACCUUUUCUCCCCUCACAGUGGCCCUUAUACUCCAUCAUACAGAGCCCCCAGAUUUAUUUUCUUCCUGCCGGGGUCUCAGUACACACAUCAUAAGCACAAUUGUGGAAAACCAAAGUAUUGAUACCGUGCCAUAUAUGUGGUAGUAGUACUUAUUAGCCUUUUAAUUCUCUCAUCAUAGCAAGAGGAACAAAAUAUGAUUAAUGUCGAACCACAGUGUGACAUGCAAGUAUUAUGUCCAUACUGUAAAUACAGAGCAAAACAGCAAGUAUGACUAAGUACAUACCAAUGUAUCCAACAGGUCCAUUACAGCCCCAGACCACUACAAAAGUAAAUGUAUAAGAUUUAAGCUUGUAUUUAUUCUAGCUGCUUCCCUCCAAUGUCUUAAUUUAAAAAGGAUCAAUCUCAUUUUAAUAAUCAAUUUUGUUGUUAAUGAACGAGGUUAAAGCUGCAGAAGGUGACUUUUAUAAAAAUAACUUUUUGUCAUAUUUGCUGAAAUGUUUACUGUGUCCUGAUAGUAGUACAUGAGACAACAAAUCUGCAAAAAAAAUCUGGUUCCUUUGGCCCGUUCAUGUGCUCCUAAUGGAAUUUGCAGGAAUUGCGGGGCCUGAACAAAAACAACCAGUCAGAGCUGAGAAAGAUAUAAAGACGCUUUGGGUUGGUGGCUUGAAGAUAGUUGAUCGUUAAGUCUCAAAGCAUCUGAAUUUAGAACCUGGGGAUGAGACUCAGCAAUCAACAAUCUUCCUUGUCUCUGAUUGGUUGUGUUUGUUCAGGCCCAGUGGAUUUGUGCAAAUGCCAUUAGGAGCACAAUAUUUUAUUUAGUUUCAGCAAAUAUGACAAAGAAUAUUAUUUUAUAUAAUAUGUAUUUAUAUAAUAUAAAAUUAUCUACUACAGCUUUUAUCUAUCUGUCUUUAAUAAUCGUGUUGUAAAUUUCCAAUAACUCGAAGUAACUUGACUUGCAAUAACUGACUUCAUAGGAAUUCCCUUUUCUUUUAGUGUUUACAUUACUUUGUGUUGCAUUGAAAAGUGACUUAAAUACUUAAAUGAAGUGAAGGUUCGAGGUUGGAAGGAAAUGGGAGGUUUUAUAUGAAGAACAAGUUCAGAACAAAUCCAAUCAGCUCCUUAAAUCCAAGACUUUAUUCAGCAUGGUGUUGAUAAAGGACCAACAGGAGCAUGAGUGAUUCGUAGCCUGUAUUUAUCCAGAAUAAAAGGCCUCACCCACAGAGCUGCCUAUUACAGUCCUCCUCUGCUGGUCAGUGGGAGUUGCCCAGUCUUCCAGUGCUGGCAACUGGGAGAGGCUCUACUGGAGCAAAUUAAUAACUUUGAAUUUACCCUUAAUUCCUUUAGAACUUAAAUCCUUGUUACCAUGAAUAACUAACACUAACCAAUAACAUUUGUUGGUAGCUGUGCCAGCACUUGUGGUGACUGUAGUUUGCCAUUUUCUCCUUUGUAAUUUGCUAUGUUUUUAGCCAUGCUAGCGAUUCGUCUUUAGGGAGAGCAAUGUUGGCCAGUUGGUCUACCACUUUGUGCCAGACUGAAAUAUCUCGACAAUUAUUGGAUGAAUUGUGAGAUUCAUGGUGCCUAGAGGAAGAUGCUUACUGACUUUAGUUAUCCUUUGACUUGUUCUCUAGCGCCACCAUGAGGUUAAAGUUUUCAAUUAUCCAAUGAAGUAUCUUAUCAUCUUCUAAAGGGAUUGGGACAACAUUUCAAUUUCCAUUUAUUUUGGUGCAGAAGUCCUUACGUUAUAUGUGGGUUAGUGUUCUGCUAUAGCUUCUGUAACUUCUGAAACUUUACCAGGGCCGCAGUGGAAGUACAGAUGCCAUUGUAGCUUGGUUUAAUAACAGCUGACAACAACAUGCCGGAUCUAACCAUGGACUCGCUGCUUGAUCUUCGACCGAUGGGUAAUAUUGGAAUUGGAAUGGAAAUAUUAAUGUUAAAAGAAAAUUUUUUAAAAAUUACAACCCUUAUCAAGACUCGUAAGGAGUGAACCACGUGACAUAAGCCUAUUUUGAAUUAAGUCUUAUUACUUCUGGAUCCGAACCCGGAAGUUCCAGCUUCACUCCGGCUGGCUAUACCCGCAAAACUUUCAUCAAGCCUCAGCUGUACUUUGUGUUUAAUGCUAGCAAAUGUUAGCUUACUAACAUGCUAAACUAAGAUGCUGAACAUGCUUAAGCACACUGACAUUAGCAUUUAGCUAACGUUGCUGCUGGAUGUUUUUUAUUUAUUUACUAAAAUAAAGACUUUCUGAAGAGUCCACAAUCACUCCCAACUACACCAGUAUUAAAGAUGGGAUUUAAACCCUCACCUCAUUCCAUAAACCUGAACACACCACUUCAGACACCAUUGUUCACAUGAAGCAGGAUGUCCAGAAUUGUAAUGUACAGGCUACAUGGUUGGUUCCUGAUAUAGGACCGCUCUUUGUAGAAAGACAAAAAAGACAUUCCUGUGUUGUUCUUAUGAGCUUAGGAAAUUUAGAAAACAUUACUAUGAAGGAAGGGUUUUUCAGCAGUUUUAUAGCAAAUGAUUUUGUACAAGAAAAGCUCAGUGAAGGUAUUUGACAAAUUGAAAGUUAUUUUAUUGUAUACUAGCUGCCUGUUGUGGGGACUGUUUAUUGUUACGGCUUUGUUGAAACCUGAUAUAAGAAAAACCUGUUCUAGACAUAUGUAGGUGGUAACCUACCUCUGCAUCCUGUAUUAAAGGAACUGGGUUUCAUUAUGUAUUAUUUUCAUUCCUUGGAUGGUUUCAGAUUCUUCCUGACCGUUUCUAAUCCAUGUUUGUAAAAUUGGCUGCAAGAAGGUGUUUAUUAAGAUGCGAGACGGCCAGCUUUUGUUUUUAUGUAUGCCUUUUUGAUGAUUAUGUGGUUGACUAUUGAAGACUAGCAUCAGUGCCCUGCAGAAAAAAUAACCCUAUUAAGUGGUUUGAUGUUUGUUGAUUUGUCUUAUUGUGUAGCCUAUGUGCCAUUUUAGUUUUGAUAUUUGCCUUGUACAGUUAUGUCAGACAUUUAGCUGAAGUACUUAAACAGGGCCACAUGAAAGUGGCUGGGGACAUAGCUGUUCCAGGGCUUGAACAACCUACUGUUAUAUUUCUAGUGCUAGAGCAGCCUGCCCUAUUGGUGGUUUGUCUUGGCUUUGCAUCACUAAACACAAGUCAGGAAAAGCACUUAAAUCUGAACAAAAAGAAACACUUUUUGGCUACUUUGUAACUCUUAAGCAUUUGCUGAAUUACUAGAAUGUAAACAGAGAGGAGAACAUUUCUGCACAACAGUGCACAUUUAAUUACUUUACAGGUGAUGAGUGUGAAGGUUGCCUCCAUUCAGCUAAAUGUUUGAAUUGUCAUUUACCAACACCAUGUUUUCAACUCUUGUGCCAAAUGCUGGUAAUUCAAUUUAUUUAAAACAUUUUUUAAAUAAAAAAGAAUGCUGUAUUGCAAA